GCUCGUCGAUGGCGCGCGCUGGCCCGCCCGAUGACGCCGCCGACGACGAUUCGGCGGCCCCCCAGGCUAAGAAGAAGGGGAAGGCUCGGGCAGGUUCGGCGUGGCACUGCGACAUGGACAGGCUGAAAGACGAGAUGCUAGCGGCCAUUCCAAGCGACGCAUCUGGCGCGACGCUGCUCGCUUAUCGGGAGACGUUUGCAGGGCAGAGAGACGAGGAAGAACUGUGCAAGAACCUUUGGCUGCGGGACGUGCCGAGAGGCGUGCCCCAAUCAAAUAUGAAGGCCGCGCUGCUUCACGUGGCGACAGAGCGAGAGUCCAUUUGGAAAUUAGCAGACGAUAAGGAGGGGUGGUCCACGCGCCAGGCCUUUCGGAUCAGAGCCAUGGUCAGAGAUAUCAGUCAGGCCGUGCUGAAAGCCACAACGAGACCAGGCUCGUGCCCGUCAUGGGUCAAACUCUUCAUCACCGAGGACGACGACGCCGCCGCGGACGACGGCGGCGUGCCCGGGCAGGACAGUGAGGACGCAGACGACGCAGACGAGGUUCCAGAGGCCGCGGCAGCCUCAGAGCCGAUGGCAACAGCAUCCGCUGGCGGUGGAGACACGCCCUUUGCCAUCGACCCCGGUGGCAGCAGCGACGGUGCCCCUCUCUACAAGUACGAGUUCUUCUGGGAAUCGAUGGCAGCGCAUCGCAGUUUGGUGAUCGGCCCCAACAAGAUGAAGCCCCCCGAGCUGGCGUUGCCGUUCGAGGUGAAUGAGUCUGACGACGAUUCGAAGCUUGUCAUCGCGCGCUGGGAAGAUGGCGACUAUUGGGAGAUCGACUUGUUAACGGUUGGCAAGCUGAGGAGUCACCGCGCGCUCGAGUUCAAGAACAAUCCAGGUGGUGACCCGCAUUGGACAGGGAAUAAGGACAACGUAGACUGGAAGCUCGUGUACAGGACAGAUCGCAGCCUGCUGCUGAGCAUUCAGAGCUGGGGCCCCGAGGACACCGACUGGGUGCAGAGGCUGCAGCUAGUGAUCGGCCAUAUGACCGACGACGAGAAGGCCAAGGCCAUCGAUGGGCUCAAACAUAUCGCAGUCAGCAUGAUGGAGGGCUCCUUGACGAAGGAGGACGCUGACAUCAAGAAUUUGGAGUACGCGGUGAAGCCGAAGUGGAUUCCACUGAAGCGCCGCCCAGCAGCGGGCGGGGGGGGCGCUGUGAUGAAGCGCCCAGCGGCAGCGACCAGCCCAGAGCAGGCGAGCGCAGCUCCAUCGGUCGAGGAAGCGCUCGGCGAGCUUCUCGGCAAGGACAUCGGGGGCGGCACGGACACCGUCGCCAACGAGAAGAGCGACGGCAGUGGCGGUCAUGCACAUGCUGAAGCUGACGACGAUGACGCACCCUUAGUAGUCAAGAAGAGGCCAGCAGCGAAGUCACUUUCGGCGCCAGUUACGGUAAUCAAGCGCAUUGCUGCCGCUCCAGCUUCGGAGAAGCCAGCGGCGAAGGCGCUGGCCAGUCCAGGUAACGCGGCGCCCACAGAUGGCAAGGGCAUUGAGCACGUUGGCAUCCUGGACCCCACGCAGGCGCCGCCCGCCUCGGCCACGCCAGAGUCUGUAGAGCCAGCGCCUGCAGCGUUCCAGCCUGCGCCGCCCAAGCCAGCGCUGUCAAUAGAUUGGGGCAUGCCGCCGCCUG